CUCUCAUAUAAAUUUCUUAAAAUAACCGGCCGAACCAAAAGGGUAUUAUCGUCAUUCUGAAAAUGCAUUAUUUCUCCUGCAUUUCUCGAGGGUUUAGGGUUUCUGAUUCAUUUCCUUUGCAUAGAAUCUUCUCUGGUUCUUGAUUUUCGUCUUCAGUUAGUAUCACCAGGAGACUGAGGCUGUACUUAAUUUGAAGAACUCCUUCCUCUGUACUCCCUUCUAGUCUAUCCAAGUCCAUAAUCUCUCCUUCAGAGUUACAGAUUCCUAGCUACAUGUCAGGCAAGAAGGAGGCUGGGGAGAUCAACACACUUGUUGCAAGUAAUGGAAGUACAUCUAGGAUCAGUGAAACUGGACUUCGUCUUUAUCCAGUCUCCAUCAACGACUCAGGCGAAGGUUUACCAUAUGCUCCUGUAGAUUGGCCGAUUGCUGGUGAUAAGUGGUGCUGGAAGGCAGGGAAAAGAGUUUCAGUUUCAGGCUACAUUAAGGAUAGAUAUCUGUAUCUUCCAAAGCGUCUUCGGGCUCUCAAAGAAGGAAAGGGAUAUACUUUUCGAAGUAGGCCUUCGAUUGAACAAUAUCUCCGAUCUGAGUUUCCUAAUGUAGAUAUCAAUGGAUUCUUUGCCUCGUUCAGUUGGAUGAUUCCCGCAAAGGAGUCAGCAAGCUCAAAAGAUAUGAAACAGAAGCUUACGUCUUCAGGGACAAAAAUGGAGCCUUCACCGUCUGAUUCUCCUUUAGGAAUCAUUACUUGUAAGGCUGGUAACAGAAUCUGUAGCAGUUUAACAGCAGAAAAUCCUUUACCGGAGACGAUGAUUUGUGAUGUCUGUUGCACUGAGCCUGGUUUUUGCCGAGACUGUUGCUGUAUCCUUUGUUGUAAAACUAUCAGUUCGGAUUAUAAUGGGUACAGUUACAUUCGAUGUGAAGCAACAGUAGUUGAUGGCUACAUUUGCGGACACAUUGCCCAUGUUGACUGUGCUCUACGAGCUUACAUGGCUGGGACAGUCGGAGGAAGCAUCGGUUUGGAUGCAGAGUAUUUCUGUCGAUAUUGUGAUUCAAGGACGGAUUUGGUUUCACAUGCUUUGAAGCUUUUAAACAUCUGCGCAUCUGUUGCUUCUUCUGCUGACAUUGAGAAGAUUUUGAAUGUUGGCAUUUGUAUUUUGCGUGGCUCACAAAAAAAGAGUGCAAAACAGUUGUUGCGUCGUAUUGAAUCAAUCAUGGCAAAGCUUAUGGAUGGGGCCUGCGUUGAAGAUGUAUUUAAAAAGGAAAGCUCUGUGGAUAGCACUGGGAUUGAACAAAUAUGUACAUCUGUGCAGUGUAUAUAAGUUUGUCUUAUAUCAGUGCUUCCCAUUGUUCUCAAGUACCAAAGAAAUUUGUUGCAACUAAAGCACAAUAUGAACAGAAAAUGAUCAGCUUGGACUGUUGUACAAGAAAAUAAAAUUGGAGAGCCCUGAAAACAGUAAGGAAGGGGAAUGACGUAUAACCAGUGCAUCAGUUAAAUGCUCUAUUCAACUGCUCCUAACCAGAGGAGGGAGAUUGAUUGCAUCCUUAAGAAAAUGCAUCAAUCACUUGAAGGAUCUUUUGUAGGGUGCUGUUUUGGUUAUUGCAGCAAUAACAUCUUCUGAUGUAUAGAGUUCUGUCUACUUUUUUUUUCAUCUUUCCUUGAGCCGGGGGUCUAUCGGAAACAGCCACUAUACCCUGAAGGUAGCGGUAAAGGUAUGCGUACACACUACCCUCCCCAGACCCCACUUGUGGGGAUAUGUUGGAGUUGUUGUUGUUGUUGGUGGUGUAAAGAGUUCUGUCCUACGACAGUUAGUUCUCUGCUUGUAGCACUACUGCUCAGAUUAUUCUGGAAUGUAUCCUGUUAGGAACUGCGCCGCCACUGUGCUUAUGAUUCCUAUUGUUGGGCAUGAAAUGCAGCCAUGUUUUUAAUGAUGUUGUCCAUAAGUUUCAUUUAACUUGGUCUGUCUUUAGUUUUUUUCUGGAAUCCUGGUUCAGUGCUCAAUUUGCUAUUAUUAAUGAAAUCCCGUGUUGGUUCAUUCCC